CGAUUCUGCGUACGAGCCGCCUUUUUGACAAUAGUAGGUUUUGACAGCCUAAUUUGGCAAUUAAAUCAUUCUGUCUUUCUUUUGCCAUUUAUCAAGUUUCCGUAAAAUAUGGCUGAUACUCAAGCUACUCCUGCCGCUAUCCCUACUGCAAAAGCAACCAAAGUUUCUAAGACAUCCAAAGCUGCCAAACCAGCUAAAAUAGAAAAGGCUACGGACGUUAAAUCAACUGCCAAAUACAAACGGCACGGUCGUUUAUUUGCUAAGGCAGUUUUCACUGGCUAUAAACGUGGUUUAAGAAAUCAACAUGAAACUCAAGCUAUUCUGAAGGUUGAGGGUUGUCGCCGCAAGGAACAUGGUAUAUUCUACGUCGGCAAACGUUGCGUUUAUGUAUAUAAAGCAGAGACUAAGAAGUGUGUCCCUCAGCAUCCAGAACGUAAGACUAGAAUCCGUGCUGUUUGGGGUAAAGUGACACGUUUACACGGAAAUAGCGGUGCUGUGCGAGCUCGUUUUAGGAGAAACUUACCAGGUCAUGCUAUGGGCCAUCGAGUACGUAUCAUGCUGUAUCCAUCCAGAAUCUAAGUUGCGUUCAACAAACUUGGCUGUGUGUGAUCCCAUGGUGUAAUAUGAUAAAUAAUAAAAAUUGCGGUUUUUAAUACAAAAAGCACAAAUUUAAA